AUCAAGCACUGCAACUAGCAGAAACUUUACUACCUCUUCAAAAUCAUCAGCAAGUUCUUAUUCCUCAGUGUCUGCCACUUCUGUCAUUACUAACGGUGAUAGCAGUAACUCCUAUGGACUGAACAGCUCCCAUCUGGGCAGGGGAGGUUCUGGAUUUGCCUGUAACUCAUACAACUGCAGGGACAAUGCUUCAGUGUCACAACCUGGACUCUGUGGACUCAGUAACCUUGGGAAUACCUGCUUCAUGAAUUCUGCAUUACAGUGUCUGAGCAAUACCCCUCCUUUGACUGACUAUUUCUUGGAAGAUAAAUAUGAAGCUGAAAUAAAUCAGAACAAUCCACUGGGGAUGAGAGGAGAAAUUGCAGAAGCCUAUGCAGAGCUCAUUAAACAGAUUUGGUCUGGGAGACAGUCUCAUGUGGCCCCGCGUAUGUUUAAAACCCAGGUUGGCCGAUUUGCUCCUCAGUUUUCAGGAUACCAGCAGCAAGAUUCGCAGGAGCUCUUGGCUUUUCUUCUAGAUGGCUUGCAUGAGGAUUUGAACAGAGUGAAGAAGAAGCCCUACUUGGAGCUGAAGGAUGCCAAUGGCAGACCUGAUUCGGAAGUGGCAAAAGAGGCCUGGGAGAAUCAUAGGCUGAGGAACGAUUCUAUCAUUGUGGAUAUUUUUCAUGGUCUUUUCAAAUCUACCCUUGUUUGUCCUAAGUGCUCCAAAGUUUCUGUGACCUUUGAUCCCUUCUGUUACUUAACCCUUCCACUGCCCUUGAGGAGAGAUCGUCUCAUGGAAGUUACCCUGGUAUAUGCAGAUCCACAGCGUAGACCUGUCCAGUACCGGGUUGUGGUGCCGAUGAUGGGGGCUAUCUCGGAUCUGUGUGAAUCACUCUCCAAACUCUCUGGUGUUCCUGCAGAAAAUAUGGUGGUGACAGACGUGUAUAAUCAUCGAUUCCACAAAAUCUUCCAAGUGGACGAAGGUUUAAAUCAUAUCAUGCCAAAAGACGACAUCUUUGUAUAUGAAGUUUGCAAGCCAAGCGAAGAUGGCUCUGAGUAUGUUACUCUCUCUGUUUACUUUCGGGAAAAGACAAUGAGGCAGUCCAGCAAUACUUCAGGGACCGUGCUCUUUGGUCAGCCACUUUUAAUAUCUGUGCCGAAACACAAGCUGACUGUGGAUCACUUGUACAGUGUUGUUUUGGAGCAGAUCAGCCGCUAUGUGAAACUCCCUUUGGCAGAAGAAUACUCUACAGCCUGCCCAGACAAAGGAACCUGCAAUGGCUCCAAUGGUGCGGAAGAAGGUGACUUUGAAGAGAUGGAGCAUCAGGAUGGUGGACAGGAAGGCAAGGAAAAGCUGGCAGAAGUUGAUCCCUGCCACUCUGAGGGUUGUAUGCAGAUCGAGUCAGCAAGAGACCUGCAGCCUUGCAAGAAACAGCAUUUCACUUUUAGCCUUGUGAAUUCCUCUGGGACCUCCGAGAUAAACUCCAUUGUAGAAGGAAAAAUCUUAAAACUGAAUGCUUUUUCUGCACUUGCUGUUGACUGUGAUUCUGAAAUGCGGAGGCUACUUUUUGAUGAACAGGAGGCACAGGCAUUUGAAAAACAUGGAAGUAUGUUACAAUCACAGAAGAAGGCGGCUGUGGUAGCCCUCAGAGACUGCAUAGAGCUCUUCACUACUAUGGAAACGCUUGGUGAACAUGACCCAUGGUACUGCCCUAACUGUAAGAAACAUCAACAGGCCACAAAGAAGUUUGACUUGUGGUCUUUGCCCAGGAUUUUGGUAGUACAUUUAAAACGCUUCUCAUACAGCAGAUACUGGAGGGAUAAACUUGACACUGUUGUGGAAUUCCCUAUCAGGGGUUUAAACAUGUCCGAGUUUGUCUGCGACCCAAGGGCAGGCUCAUAUGUGUAUGACCUCAUCGCAGUUUCCAAUCACUAUGGAGCCAUGGGAGUAGGCCACUACACCGCCUACGCAAAGAACAAAGUGAAUGACAAGUGGUACUACUUUGAUGACAGCAGUGUAUCGGUGGCUUCAGAAGACCAAAUAGUGACAAAAGCUGCGUAUGUGCUGUUUUAUCAGCGCCGAAACGGUGAGGAACACGCUGCCCCACCUCCUCCCCAAGAAGAGUGUGACGGUAUGGAUACCAACUAAACGCCACCUCCAGCGCUCGGCCACCAUGUUAGCGAUCGCUCUUCUAAAGCCAUGCCUGAGGCAUCUGAAAAUCUUUCUUCCUUCUGUAGGAGUUAAGCAGAAAAUCUAGCACUGAAAGAUUCAGUGCUGGGGGUUGCAGAAUAGCACUGGAGAGCCAGGAAUAGGUGCUGACACUUGGGUAUUUAGAGGCCAAAAAUAAUAUAUAUUGGAGCUUCAAUAAAGUUCUUUUUAAAAUCUG